AUGGCAGAGAUGGGGAUGGGGAAGGGGGUUACUGCGGGGAAACUUGCCAGUAACGUGCAGAAAAAAUUAACACGGGCCCAAGAGAAGGUAAUGCAGAAGCUGGGUAAAGCAGAUGAAACCAGAGAUGUUGCAUUUGAGGAGGGAGUGAUCAACUUCAACAAACAAUAUACAGAGGGAUCCAAACUGCAAAAAGACCUCAGAGCAUACCUGACUGCAGUACAAACGAUGCACGAAUCCUCCAAGAACCUUCAGGAGUGUUUGUCUGACAUGUACGAGCCGGAGUGGUACGGCAAAGAUGACGUGGACUCCAUCGUUGAGGACACAGAUGUUCUGUGGACCGACUUCCAUCAGAAGCUGGUGGAUAAUGCUUUGAUAUCUAUGGACACAUAUCUUGGACAGUUCCCUGAUAUUAAGUCUCGUAUUGCUAAGCGUGACAGGAAGCUUGUGGACUACGACAGCGCCAGACACAACCACUCUUCUACCAAUAAGGGGAAGAAAGGAAAGGACGGGGGCAUCAAGAUCACCAAGCCAGCAUCUCUGUUGGAAAGGGCCACACCAGUUUGGGCUCAGGGCAUCCUGUCAGCCCACAACAUUGCUCAGAGUAACCUCUCCAGGAACCAGGCGGAGGACGAGUUGGAGAGAGCUCAGAAGGUGUUUGAGGAGAUUAAUGAAGAUCUGCAGGAGGAACUACCCUCACUAUGGAACAGUCGAGUUGGUUUCUACGUUAGCACCUUCCAGAGUAUGGCUGGCUUUGAGGAGAAGUUCCACAAGGAGAUGGGGAAGUUAUCAGUGUUGUCAUGA